AAUGUACAUUUCGUCAAUUUGGAAAAAAUUAUUAGCUAAUAUCAGCUGUUUUCUCCUUUUGUUUCUUUAUUCACUUUUUGGAGGUGUUGCAUUUCUUUAUUUUGAACGUGAAAAAUCUCUUGAGGAAUGGGACAAAUUGAUCGAAAGGAAAUUUGAUUGUAUCGAUUUUAUUUUACGAAGGUGGUUUUUUAAAUUUGGAAAGAUUUUAAAUUUAAAGAAAAUUGGGAUGGAUUAGAGAUGAUAAUUAGCCCUUUUUAAAAUGAUAAGACGGGAAACGAGGGUAAAGAGAGGUAAAGAGAGAGCCCGAAUUAAGGGUCAAAAAUUUCCCAGCAAGUUAGGGCUUUACGCCGUUUUCUCCGCGCGUCUACUAGG